AUGGGUACUUUCUGUGAUAAAACUGAAACUUCAGACCUCAAAUGCAGUAGCAAGAAAAUGGAAGUAGAUGAAGGUUUGAAUUUGAACACUGUUGCAUGUCUAAGAGGGAGGUUAUUAGCAGAGAGACAUGCUUCAAAAGUAGCUAAGGAACAAGCAGAAUCAAUGGGCAAAAAGUUGGUUGAAUUGGAGAAAUUGGUUAAAGAAGAGAUUAAAUUAAGAGAUAAAUCUGAGAGAAAGCUUAAAUUGUUAAGGAAAAAGCUUGAAUCUUCUAGCAAAUCCUCUAAAUUAAGCCAAUUGUGGCAUUCUGAUUCUUCACAAAAAAGUGAAAAUUCUUGUGGUUCAUCAUCUAUUAGUUCAAUUUCAAAAAAUUCAGAAGCAAAUGAAACUGGAAAUUGUGUGAAAGAUUCGGCUUUGGCGGAAAAUUUAGUGGCAAAUCACAAUGGUUCAAGGUCAGAGAAUAGUUCAUCCAGUACAAAAGAUUGUGAUUCUCAGAUUACUGAUAGUAGUUCAAGUGGUAAUUAUUCAGAACAUGGUUAUUCUUCUGUAAAGAUUCGGAGCCAGGAUUCGAAUCCAAGCUUUGAGUUUGAGAAUUUGAAGAAUGAUGAAAACUCUGAGUCUAAGGAUUUGAAGAAUGAUGAAAUCAGGCUUUCUAGUUUAAGCACAAAGUCAUCAGUGACAGAGAAUGAGAGUGAUUAUGCAGAUUCCUUUGAUCAUUCCUUGGCAUUAGUUCUUGUGACUGUGAAUAUGACAGCAACAUCUCAAGCUAGAACUAAUCACAAACAAGUUAAUGAAAAUGUCUUUGAAGCUCUAGAUGCUUUAAGGGUUGCCAAAAAAAAACUUGAAAGUUCAUUGGGAACAAAGCAAAUGAUUCAAGCUGGCCUAGUUUAA